GAACUAAAUUUAAUCAUCAAAAUAAAAACAAACCCAUCCCCCAGGUCUUUUAACUUUAGGGAAAUAUUUGGAAAUUAUUUGUGUUUGGGCCAGUUAUGGUAGUUUGAGUCAGGAAGACCUUAUUGUCCUGAACGUAAUACACUUUUCUUUCCUACUUUGUAAAUGGCCGCGCCUCUGUCAGAACCAGGGAAGUCCGGAACGACGACGAAUGUGAGUUUCGUCUGUCAAAGAUGUCUGCAACCUUUGAAGUUAGACACAUCUUUUAACACGAUCGAACAGCGGCUGUUUGAUGAGCUGACUGCCCCUUUAACCAGAUAUAACGAUGAAGAAGAAGAAGAAACAAUAAAUAUUACCACAAAGAGGACACAGUUACCAGAGUAUGAAGAAGAUGGUAAUAUCGUGAAGAGGAUCAUUCCAUCGUCAGGUGAAAUGCAGUUAAAUCUUAGUCACGAUUUUACGUUACUUGGUGAUCCAGGGCCGGGCAGUAUGGAUAAUUUAAGUCACAGAUUAAAGGUUACAGCCUGUUUGUUCGAUAUUAUGUCAGGACAAUCGGAAGUUGAUCAUCCGCUCUGUGAGGAGUGUACAGACUCAUUAUUAGACCAAUUAGAUAAUCAGUUGAAGAUUACAGAAGACGAGUGCCGAGAUUAUCGUGAUCUACUCACUAAAUUACAACAUGAAACAGAUGAUGUGGAUGAAAAAGCUCUUGAUAAGGAACUUAAACAGUUAAAAGCUGAAGAAGAAACGUUACAUAAAGAACUGGCGAAGGCUGAAGAGGAACAAAAGAUAGUUGUUGCUAAGUUACAAGAAGAAGAAGAUAAAUCUAAAAUAUUAGAUGAAGAGGAAGAAAAAUAUUGGAAGGAAUAUAAUGAAUAUAAACGUCAAGCCUUGGAGUUGGAUGAUGAACAAAGAAGUAUAGCUAACCAACUUCAAUAUGCGCAAACUCAACUUGAUAAACUUAAAAAAACAAAUGUUUUUAACUCUACAUUCCAUAUAUGGCACAGUGGUCAGUUUGGUACCAUCAAUAAUUUUAGAUUAGGACGACUGCCCAGUGUUCCAGUUGAUUGGAAUGAAAUAAAUGCUGCAUGGGGACAAACAGUUCUUUUACUACACUCACUGGCUCGUAAAAUGAAUUUAACAUUUCAAAGGUAUCGUUUAGUUCCCUAUGGCAACCAUUCAUAUUUAGAAUCACUGACGGAGAAGAAUAAAGAAUUGCCCUUAUAUGGUUCUGGUGGAUUCCGCUUUUUAUGGGAUACAAAGUUUGAUCAAGCUAUGGUGGCAUUCUUAGAUUGUUUACAACAGUUCAAAGAAGAAGUAGAGAGGGGCGAUACCAGUUUUUGUUUACCCUACAGAAUGGAGAAAGGAAAAAUAGAAGACUCUAAUUCCGGAAAUUCUUAUUCCAUUAAAAUCCAAUUUAAUUCGGAGGAACAGUGGACUAAAGCCUUGAAAUUCAUGUUGACUAAUUUAAAAUGGGGUUUAGCCUGGGUUUCAUCACAACUUAUUGCUGAAAAAUAAAGAAGAAGAUUCAUUCUUAAACAAAAAUACAAAAGAUUACUAUAAUAUUAAAACAUGAACAGUCAUUAUGAAUGAAUAAAUGAAAUGAGAUGGGGUUUAACGUCCUACUGUUCUUCACCGACUGGGCUAAUGAAGACAGGUAUAUGCGCCAUACAGUGGCACUACUGCCUGCCCUUAUAUUCAAAUUCCAACUGUCAAGGGUUCUUUUAUGUGUGCGCCAAUGUGUACAUGGGAACUCCGAUUUUUAUGUCCCAUCCGAAUGACUAUACAAUGUCCUUGCCAGGCCCUUUGUCUGGCAGCACUGACAAGUGGGAGGCACACCAGAAACUUCCGAUGAACAUCUCGGCCAUCACCGAGAUGUCUAUAUAAUUACUGAGCCACCACAACUUCCACAUAAAUGAAUGAAAGAUGGGAUGAAUGAAUGAAAGAUGGGAUGAAUGAAUGAAAGACGAUUUAGGACCUUGAUAUUACAUGGUUAUUUAUGUUCUGUCUGUUGUUAAUUAUUUUUCAUGUACUUUUUAUUUAUUUAAAGGAGCUCAGCUUCUCUGAUUUAUGUUAAAAUAAGGAGUUGGAAUGUGAUAGGGGAAACUGUAUAUGAUUUAAUUCAUGGAUGAGUACGGGAAACUGUAUAUGAUUUAAUUCAUGGAUGAGUACGGGAAACUGUAUAUGAUUUAAUUCAUGGAUGAGUACGGGAAACUCUAUAUGAUUUAAUUCAUGGAUGAGAACGGGAAACUCUAUAUGAUUUAAUUCAUGGAUGAGUACGGGGAACUCUAUAACAUUAAAUUCAUGGAUGAGUAUGGGAAACUCUAUAUGAUUUAAUUCAUGGAUGAGUACGGGGAACUCUAUAUGAUUUAAUUCAUGGAUGAGUACGGGGAACUCUAUAUGAUUUAAUUCAUGGAUGAGUACAUGGAUGAGUACGGGGAACUCUAUAUGACUAAAUUCAUGGAUGAGUACAUGGAUGAGUAUGGGAAACUGUAUAAGAUUAAAUUCAUGUAUGAGUACGGGAAACUCUAUAUGAUUUAAUUCAUGGAUGAAUACUGGCAAUCUUAUUUUUAAUGGAAGAAGAAAGGGAUAUUGAAAUAAACCAACUAAAAUUUAUAUAGAAGACAUUUAUUAAAGUCACUUAUCCUCAGUUACAUUUUUAAGACAAUAAAAAAAUAUCUAUUUUUUCACCAGUUAAACAUACGUUAUGCAAGAGCUAAAUCGAGACUUUGUUUUUUAUCGUAACAAUGGUAACAAUCAAACCUACUGUGUUUUUAAAAUUUGGUUUUCUCAGAGUAAUUUGACUGAAAUUUUCUGCAUAUUCCGUUUAUGUAAUUUAUUUAACUAUUAUAGCGAGAACUGUCAACUCGUUAUCUAAUCAUCCAUAAUGCCCCUUUAAUCCAUGCCAAUAUUUAAUUAAAUUCAAUAUUUAACAUUUAAUUCAGGAUGCAUUAUGUUAGAUUUGGAUAAAGAGCUGAAUAUUUUAAAUAUUUCUGUUAUGCCCAAAAUUAGUAUUUUGCGUAAAAAGACGAAGAACGCUGAAUGCAGCCGAUGAGCGCCGCAUCCAUGUGUCCGGUUGAAUUAUCUGUAUUAUUGUCAUAGUAACUGAUUAUUAUUGUUUAGAUAGAAGCCAUGCGGUGAUGUACGAUGGUGGGCGCCUGACGUCCGUAUAUUGUUUUCACCUGUGUUGUUUACUGUGUUGUAGAUGUAUACUUUGUUGUUGUAGACUAUUUUGUAAGCCGUCCUGUAUUGUUUACAUGAGUUAAAUCGACAAUAAACCCAAUUACUAAACAACCAGCAUUCGAACUAGUGAUUACAGAGCGCCCCCCGACUUCGUCCCGGCGAGGUACUAUCAUCAUGUGCAGCCCACAAUUUCAUUCAAAUUACUUUGUUCUGAGCAAAGUUAUAAUUUUUGUAGUUUAGACAAUGCUGACAUGGUAGAUAUUUUAUAAUUCUUCCAGAUGUUCUAAUCCGUUUUAAUCUUGGCCAUCUGAUGGUCUAGAGAAUUGAUUAUAGACUUGUCAUGUAAAUAAAUGUCCAAAUAAUAGUUUACAUAACAUUUGAAGUCAAAAUAAAGAUUUAGCUCUUAACUAAUGUAUCUUUAAGAAAGAAAGAUCAAAAUAUCAACAAAAGAUAAACUGUUCAAAAGAGGCCCAUCAAAAGAUUUCAGAGAAAAUCAUAAAUAUGGCACUGGCUUGUGUUGAUUAUAUCCUACACUUCGUCUGAAGUGGAUGCUGAAUGUUGUCAGCUGUUAAUACUGAAUGGAAUCGAACUGAAUAUGGACUCAUAUUUCUUAUACUGAUCCAGUGUUUACAAGAUGGUAGUUUACAAGAGAUUAACAAUCCCUCACAUGUAGAUCAGUGAUUUUAAUAUACAUAUAAUGAUAACUACACAUGUAUACUAGCAUGGCAGGACAAUUUACCCAAUACUAUCAAAUACUACCCAAUACCACCCAAUACUACCCAAUACUAAUUAAAUACUACCACAUAGCACAUAUAUACUAUCUGGUAGUAUUGGGUAAUAUUGGAUAGCACUGGGUAAAUCUUCCUGCCACAUGUAUACAUCUGCCUAUAUUUGUUGAUGUAAUUUUGUUAAGUUUCAUUAAAAAUAAAAUGUAAAACUGUUA